AAUAGGACGACAUUCACACCGCAACAGUUGUCUGAAUUGGAGUCACUCUUCCAACGGACCCAUUAUCCCGAUGUCUUCCUCAGGGAAUCCAUUGCCAGUAAAAUUAAUUUAAGUGAAUCAAGAAUUCAAGUUUGGUUUCAGAAUAGGAGAGCUAAAUGGCGUAAACAGACUCGUCUCCAACUCUUACACCAAACACCGGUGCAAUCGUCGUGGCGUUGGAACAGUUCAUCGACAGCAAACACAAAUCAAAGUGUAUCACAUUCAGCCAUACCCUUGAUAUUGUCUUCGAGUACAAUGACUAACUCAACCAUAUCUCGACCAAACAGUUCAUCUCCGGUGAUGUCACGCGAUAAUCAAGUGCUCACAACAAGCGGAAUGUCAUUUAGUAUACCACCGGAGCAUAGAUUUAUUAAUGCAUUACAUUAUCUCAAACCCACUUCUACUUCGAGUAUAAAUUCAUUUCACAAUUUGUUUGGGUUGUCGGCACUUCAGAGGAGUAAUGUAUCGAUUAAUCGAGAGUACGGCUCAAUGCCAUCAUUAUGUUCUUGUAAUUCAGUACCAAAUGUACCCACUUUUCCCAUUAAACCUACUGUUUCUUUACCGACAAGUGUUUCUCAAAUAAAUAUCUUAGAAAUGACAGAAAAUCAUGAGAAAUGCGAUCCUAAAGAUCAACAUAAAAAUCAAAGUUAA